AUGGCCACUUCGCUGGCGAAGACUUCUAGUCACUUCAUCGCGGCGAUGCUCCUCACGGCGCUGCUGGCGGCGACUCUUCUGCUGCCGUCAACCAAUGCAGCGACGGCGUACCCCAACUGUCCGCUGACCGGCAAGCCACCGACGAAGCCAGCAGUGCCCCCCACGCGGUGUGUGGGAGCGUCGCGCAUGUCGUGCUGCCCCGAUGCCUGCGCCGACCUUAACUUCGCCGUUCAGGCGCUCGCCGUUAACGUAACCGCCGCGGUGUUGCCCGGUGUGGGGCAUAUCGCCGUGGGGAGUUCCUUGUUGGGCGACGUGAGCAGAUAUUCCGAGGACAUGCUCCAGCUGAUGAUCGUGCCGCUCAUCGCGCAGCAGAUCCCCGGCUUCAACGCCACAUUCUCCGUGCAGGAUACAGCGUGCUACGGGGGUCCCACAGUGAUCCCGGUCAUCCCGUUGUCCUGCGACCCGCUCACCAUCCCCGCCACCUGCCCGCCCGGUGCGGUCAACAUGACGGCCGCCAAGGGCGUGUCGGGCCGCCCCCUCGACCCGGCCAUCUGCGCAGGCUUUCCCUACUCCAACGCCACCCGGCCUUUCCCCGAGUCUUUUGACGUCUUUCCUUACCCCCGCUCCUGUUCUUGUGCCCGCCUCUCCUGCCCCUGCCCUUUCUCCGCCUACCUCCUCCCCGCCAACACCCAUUACCGCCCCUCUCCUCCUCCCCCCAAGGCUGCUGGGCCGAGUGGAGCCUCUCUGGCUGCUGCAGUUCUCCCGCUGCUGGCGGCUGUGCUCAUGGCGGGGCCCAGAGCACGCACCUGCUCACCUCACCUCCCCACUCUUCCCACGCCAACCAUGCUGGCAGCACCGCGACUCUCGCAAUCUCCGCCCGUCGCCUCGCUGCUCGUGCACGUCGCGCCCAUGGCCACGUCAGCCGUGGGCUCCAAUUCGCUACUUCCAUCCCGCCAGUCCGCCAUGCCCGCACGCCACCGACCCCGUCCUCUCUGCGUUGCCCACGCCCUCUGCUGCGCCGCUCUGCUCCUGCGCGUUGUUUUUCCGCCCGUCCGCAGUCCUGAGCCGGAGGGUCGAGGCGGAGCGGACGAGCGCUCGCGCGAGGGGGACUACGCAGGGCUGCCGGUGGUGCACCACGCUGUCAAAUAA